AUGGCCAUCCCUAUUGGACGUCUCUUCAUUGGAAUAAUAAACAGCCUAUCUAUUCAAACAGCAGCACGCCAAGUCGAACUUGACAAUGCCAUGGACAAGAUCAAAUGCGAUAUACUCGGAGUAACAGAAGCCAGGAUACCAUACAGCGGAAGCUAUGAAUUACCGUCAGGUACGAUUCUAUUCCACUCUGGUGCCGAAACUGCCCACCGUGGUGUAGCGUUCGUUGUAAGACAACCGCUGGCCCGUGAAGUGAGGUUUACGCCCAUAAGUGACAGGCUGGGAACCCUUUAUCAUCCGCCGCUCAAAGUAUUUGUAAUUGUCUGCUAUGCGCCGGCAUCGUCCAAGGAUAAAAACGAUGAAUAUGAAACUUUUCUAGAGGAAGUAGAGCAUACCUGUAGACGAAUUCCAAAAGGAUGUACUCCUAUUCUUUUGGGAGACAUGAAUGCAAAAGUCGAAAGGGAAGUAGGAAACGAACAAAUCAUCGGCAAGUGCACUCCUGACGCACCGAAUGAUCGCGGACGCAUACUCACAGAAAUGUUAACCAAAUUAGGAUUACGUGCGUGGAACACGUUUUUUCGUAAAAGGAAAGGACGAUUAUGGACUUGGAGAGGUCCUAAUGGAUUGGUGCACAACCAGAUUGACUUCAUUUGCUCUCCUCCAUCCACAACCAUUCUCGACUGCGAAGUCAUAAACAAUUUUUUGUUCUUUUCUGAUCAUCGCCUGAUUCGAACGCAAAUGAUUGUUCGCAACAAUGUCGCUCGUACUUCAAUUCGGCCAUAUCGUUCUCCCAUAACCCGGCUUUAUCUAGACCGUGAGUUGUACAAAGUUCGACUCAGUCUCCUUCCUGAUCAGCCUUAUCCUCAAAAUGCACUGGAAGCCUACGAAAGUAUUCGAUCACUCGUAGAGAAUGCCGCUGAUGGAUGCUGGUCCAUUCAAACAGACCCUCCAAGAAUCAGCUUCAGAACCCAAACUCUCCUCUCCGAGCGAAUUACUCUCCGGAAUAACUCAUCUUCAGUUGGUCGUAUGGCAUACUCCAUCAUUUGCAAAGCAGCUAGGAUAGCCCUAUUAGAGGAUAUACGUCAGCGAAAAACAUUAACUGUACAAAAAGCAAUUGAAAGAGGCAGAAGUAUGAUUGAAGCGCAGAGAAAAGGGGUUCUUAGAAAAAGAAGAUUGUUGAUAAAGGACUCAACAACCGGAGAGUUCUCACAACGGGCAACAGGAACCGCAACGGCAAGACUUCAAUAUAUCCUUUGCAACAGAACGGUUCCCCUCCCAUUGAAAAAGCAAGCAUUCGACUCCUGUGUAACCCCGACCGUACUCUAUGGAGCGGAAGCAAGGUCCUUAAGGAAAUCUGAUAUUAGAAGUUUGUGCGUAGCCCAAAGAAAGAUGGAAAGGAGGAUGCUCGGAUUGCGCAUGCUGGACCGAUGGAGCUGUGAAAGGAUCAGAGCACUCACGAAAGUCAGAGACUGGAUAAACGAGGCUUCAAGAAGAAAACUCAUAUGGGCUAGAAAGAUACGUGAAAUGAACGAAAACGUAUGGGCUCGCGUGAUCACGACAUGGAUUCCAUAUGACUACGUGGACCGAAGAAGGAGAGGACACCCUUGUAUUCGAAGGCGCGAUGAAUUGUCGAAGAAGAUCGGAAAAACGUGGUGGAGUAUGACGAAGGAAAGUUCAAUGAAGCCAUGA